AUGCAAGCAUGUCUUCCUAUUCACGCCCUUGGUCGCCUUGGUCAUAAACGACUCAUCAACUAUCUGCCCAAAUAUUCGCAGAGGCUAUAUAGUUUUCAGAGUCAUGAGCGUGUUAGUGUGCGAUGCGGCUCAUCUGGCCAUGUGAACAUCGACCUCAUAGACAUUGCCGAACAACCAAACUCUCCCCUCUUUAUUUACUUACCCUCCUCUCCUUUUAAUGACAGCCGACCUGCUUCCAUACCCAGAUUCCUUCAAGGCAAGCCGCUUGCUACCAUCAACUACCGGUGGAAUGUCUGGCCAACGCCUAUUCACGACACAUCCUUCGCCUACAAGUGGCUAGUGGAAAACCUCGCACCAGAAGGCAUCAAAAGACGCGACAUCUAUGUCUAUGGAUCUCACCUAGGUGCAAGCCUCGCCGCCUCUCUGGCACUCACGGAAUCACACUCCCACGAGCCCUUUGCAGUGCGAGGUCUUGUGUCAUACAACGGCAUAUACAACUGGACCAUGUUUUUUCCCGACCAUCCAGUGAACAGCAUUGGACAAGGUGACAGAAAUCCAAAAGCCUACUACAAGCCUCCGCGAGGGGCGUACAUACACCACCUCCAACGAAUCUUACCGAAACUCUUCAAUUCCACGGCAGAUACGUUUGACGUGUUUGCCAGCCCGUCCCUCUUCUUCCACAACCCAGGAAUAAAUGUACCCAUGUCUUUCCACCUGACAGAAGCAGAAAGCCUCGCCAUCGAAAUAAUGACCAACCCAGAAGGCGAGGUGGACCCUCUCACGACGGCGCCUCAUAAGUCGCGAAUGAUCUUCCCGCCCCGCGACUCGAGCCUCAAGCUCCCCGAGACAUUGCUGCUGUACGACCUACUUCCCGCGUCGCCGCGAACCAAGAAGUCCAAGUUUCAGUGGGGCAACAGCCUCGAGAAGCAGGCAAAGGAGCUGGCAGUGAUGAUGAAGUCCAGUAUCCACAAGCUCGAGGUCCCGGAGAGGGUUUUGUGGGAUGAUGAUAUUGCUAUUUGGGAGGAAGAGCAAGCUAGAAGGGUCAUUGUUAAACGAGCUGGGACAGAGAGUCGGACGAUGGAGAUGGGAGAGAAUGGGGAGCAGCUUGUUGAAGAAUGGUUGACGGAGAAAACAUCACCAAAGAAUACUCAGGUAUCUUGA